AAGACGCCAUCGGUAAAACUAGCUUGGAAACUCCAGAACAAAAGAUAUAGACCUGAAGGCUACUAGUACAGUUAGCUAGUAGGGUGGGGCCUCCUGUCAGUGAUACUCAGUAUGCAACAAAAAUGAGACUCCUGCUGUUGGUCUGGUGGCUGUAGUUGCGUCCUUGGCCAAGGUCGGAAGUUUGGUGAAGAAGCAACGAUCGAUGAGAUCGUUUUUGGAUCUUGGACGCAGUCGGAGGUAUUUUGCCUUCGUCGGCUGAGGUGGCAAGUCAACUGCACCGGCUUACUUUAACGGAACACUUUGGCAAUCACAUGCCUUUUUGAUGUCUUUUUAUUACGGGCCCCUGGCUGACACUCUGCAAGUGUUCCGGCAAAAGUGUCGAAUGAAUGAAGGUGGCUACCAGUACCGGUAUCGCGGGGUAGUUUUCUACGGAAGCCUUGCAGAGGCUUCGGUUUAGUCAUUAUCGCGACCGACUGUCACUCUUUGUUAUAAAGUAUUUGUUUGAACAAUGGACGAAGACGACAAAGGUGCCAAAGAGGAAGAGACGAUGCAGCCCGGGGAGGAACCGACAGGUACCGCCAGCAGCCUUUUGACCGGCGGCUCCCAGGACGCGGCUUUUGCGGAUGACGACGGCAAGCUCAAGGCCGGCACGGAGGAACCGACAAUCACCGCCAGCAGCACUUUGCAAGGCGGCUUCCAGAACGCCGCUAUUUCGGAUGACAACGACAAUCUGAAGAAGGAAGUGUCCUUUAAAGAAAAUGUUCACGUUGCUUCGAUUCCACCUAUUCCAGUGGGCGCAAAGGAAGGGGCGGCCGUCCCAUUGACCGAAGAACCAUUGACCAAGCUAGAAGAACCAAUGGUCAAGGUCGAAGAAGAUGAAAACCGAGGUGGCCACAACAUUGCAACGUCGUUUUCAGUGGAAGAGAAGAUCAAGGAAGGUGCCGAAAACCCCAGGUCCAUGGCCUAUCUGUACAAGGAUGGCCUGGAGAAACCUAUUAAAGAGAGAGCCUUUGCCUCGGCCAAUCUGGUUCGAAGCCGCAAACGAGUAGACAUUGAAACUGGCGCCUGCACUCGCCGAGAAGUUUCGGCACAACCCGUGUGGGAUUGCAAGGAUCCCAUGGAUCCGGUGGAACGAAAAGUGAAACUGGGGCAAGCAAUUGCCAAAUUUGAGGAUGGUGAUGACAACACAGAAGAUGAUGAUGUGCCUCAGUAUCGAAUGAGUGCCAAGAAUAUUGAGAAGUCCAGAUGGGGUCAGAGGAAAGAAUUCAGUUUGGUUUCUUGGUACUUGCAGUGGACAUUCCGAGCAAGUUUUAUCGAAAUCAUUAUAACAGAUUUCAUUGCUUUUAUGGUUAUUUCUUUGUUGUGGACUGUCGCCAUUUAUCUUGGAGCCCUGGAAAGUCCUCGUUGCUUCGUGGUCGCGGGAUCUUCGCUGGAGGAAUUCCCGGAGUGGAGAGAACAUUUCUAUUUUAUGGACGCGUUCCAGUUGAGCUGGACCACCUUUUCUACUGUGGGUUACGGCAUUGUGUACCCUCAAGUGAACAAGGGGUCGAUCGAUGCGCGCCCCGACUGCUUUGUCUUCUCUUUCAUGGUGACAUUGGAAUCGUUUGUCGGAGUCUUGUUUGCUGCCUUUUGUGGCAGUAUCAUCUUUGGCAAAAUCGCGCGGAUUCAAUCCAUUGCACAAAUAUCGUGGAGCUCUCCCAUGGUGAUUCGCUACGGAAAAGGCGUGGUAGAACCCAAACCUGGUGAGAAGAAGGACGGCGCCGAUGAGGAGGACGAUGAUGACAGCGAUAGCGACGAAGAGGACGACAAAGAUGACAAGAACAAUCCAGAACCGCCGGGUAAGGAGGGACAAGAUCACAAAAUGGACCAGAGCUCAAAAAGCAAUGCCAAUCAAAAGGUUGUGAAGUACCCGCCGCCAAUCAUUGAGUUCCGCGUGAUCAACAUGCUGAACUAUCAGAAAGGUGGAGAAAUUAUGAAUGCAACCCUAAAUGUUGUAGCCUCUACGGAGGCCAGCAAAUCGAUGGAAUCGUUGCAACUCACCGAAAAACGCCAGGAGACACUCUCUGCAGCAAGUCUACUGAGGUUAAGCAAAGAGAUUACCAAGAAGUCGGCACAGACAACGGCUGCUGUUUUAAGGAAAACAAAAGGAGUGGUGACGCAAAAGACUGGCAAGGCAGUCUUGAAUGCUUCGGGUGCUGCGAAAAACAAGUUGUCGGGAACGUUUGUUCAACGUGUGAAUCGGGCCAUAGCAACGCCAUCCUCCACCAUGGUACCGGUAGGACCAGGUGCCACAAUGUCGGACGUGACGUCGCUGGAGACUCUUUCGGAAACAUCCGAGUUUGAGCCCUUUAGUCAAGCCGAGGCACAGGCAGAGGAACUGAAAAACCAACUCGCAAUGGCCGGCCUUGCCGCGACUGGGCAGAGUACCAAGCAUAUGGUCAUGGAUUCCGGCAGUGGGCUUGUUCCUAUUCGGAUCUUUUCGAAACUCGACAUUGAAACUGAUACUCACCCCUUCUUCAAGCGUGUCUGGAACGUCCGCCAUGUGCUGAACGGAGAGAGCCCACUUUUGUCGGCAACUGCCAAGCGUAUCAUUCUCAAACAUAAUGGCAAGUGGCCAGAGGAAAUCUGCAAUCCCGAGUUCAUACGAAAACAUAUUCAUUUUCGCCAGAUCAUUGUAUCUCUGUCCGGCACGCAGAAUAGCAGCGGGAGUGCUGUAAUCGGGAUGCACGUCUAUGAGUUCAAGAGCCUCAAUAUUGGCUAUAGGUUUGCUCAGAUGCUCGACGUCACCGAUGAUGGUAACUUGUAUCUGGAUGAGGAGCUCUUGAAUGAUGUACAUGAACAGCGAGGCGGCGGUGGCGAAGAGCUGAGAGGGUUCCUGGUCGAUGAGUUUGGUCAGGAGAUUGAGAAUGAUGAGGAAGAAGACGAGGAAGAUGAAAAGAUAGACGGGGUGAUUCCCGCCAAAAUCAUGUAGGAUAGCUUGGAUAUAUCUGUGUACAGCUACAGUAAUGAUUUGCACUUAGAAACUUGGGACUGUAGUAUUGUAAGGAAUCUGGUACU